AUGCGUCUAGCAUUCGCUCUUCCCGUUAUUGGGACUAGCGCAUUGGCCGUGGCACUGGCCUUGCGGAAGGUUGAGCUUCCACUUCCCACCGAAGAUGAGGAAAAAGUUGAUCUGCUGCUCAAACGCUAUAGGGAGCAACUGUUGGCUAGUCCGGAGCGGUUAGCUGAAGUGGAGGCAGAGUUCCUCGCGCAAAUGCGAGAUGGGCUUUCAAAACGCGUUGUUGUCGAUGGCAAGCGCAUGAUGAUGCUUCCGACAUUUGUGACACGGCUGCCGGACGGCACUGAGACGGGUGAAUGCUACGCGCUGGACCUGGGCGGCACCAACUUCCGGGUCAUGCACGUCCGCCUGGGCCCCGGCAAGGGCGAGGUGGCGGCCUGCAAUGUGGAGGAGGUCACCCUGCCCAAGGAAAUCUACACCGGCGCCGGCGACAAGCUCUUCGACUACCUAGCCACGACCCUCAAGUCCUUCAUCGACCGCCACAGCAUCCCCCCCUCAGCCUCGCAGCCACAGCCAACGCUCCCCGUCCUCGGCUUCUGCUUCAGUUUCGCAGUAGAGCAGGACGGCCUGGAUUCCGGCAGGCUCCUGGCUUGGACCAAGGGGUUCUCCUGCUCGGGCGUGGUGGGCAACGACCCCGUGGCGCUGCUCUCUGCAGCUCUGGAGCGCGUGGGCCGCCCUUGCCGGGUGGCUGCGUUGCUGAACGACACGGUGGGGGUGCUGGCGGCGCAGCGCUACCUGGACAGCGACACGGAGGUCGGGGUCAUUAUCGGCACGGGCACCAACGCCUGCUAUGUGGAGAGACUGGCGGCGCUGACGAAGUGGGAGCCGCCGCCGGGAGCGGUUGCUGCCGCUGCUGCAGCGGCUGGAGGGGCGGGGCUAGAUGGGCGCACGGCGAUUAAUAUGGAAUGGGGCGCGUUCUUUUCCCCGCAGCUGCCGCGGUGCAUGGAGGACUUGCAGGUUGAUGCCGCCUCCCCCCACCCGGGGAAGUACCUGUUCGAGAAGCUUCUGAGCGGCAUGUUUCUGGGGGAGGCCGCCCGCCGCAUUCUGUUUACAAUCGCCAAGGAGGCCAGCAGCGGCAACGUGGCGGUGGCGGCGGCGGCGGCCAUGAUCCCGGGGCCGCUAGCAACGCCCGGAUCGCUCAGCAGCGCAACGUUGUCGGCCAUUGUGCAUGACCGCAGCUGGGGGCUCAGGACCACGAGGAGGAUGUUGGUUUCGGAGCUGGGAAUGCACCAGCCCAGCGCGCGGGCGGCUGAGGUGGUCAAGGAGGUCUGCACCUUGGUAGCUCGACGCAGCGCCCAGCUGACGGCAAUGGCGGUCCUGGCCAUCCUGCGACACAACGGCUGGGCGGCAGCGUCGCCGCCGCGGCCCGUCACGGUCGCCAUCGACGGCGGCGUGUACGAACGCUUUACCGCCUACCGUACCAUGCUAACGGAGGCUGUUUCGGAGCAGCUUGGCAAGCGGUCUUCGGAGCUGUUUCCGUUGAUUAAGUUCGUACUGAGCCACGACGGCUCGGCGUUAGGGGCGGCGGUGCUGGCGGCGGCGGCGGCGGUGACGGCAACGCAAUGA